UGACAAUCUGCCACGCCAGUGAUAUUAGCUGCGUAGCAACAGAACAAGUCUAUUUACCCUGCGCGUGAACGGUGAACUGAAGAAAAAUCUUCUUUUAUAUUUUCCUCAUCGAUUAUAAGUUCUAGGCGAAGUCGACUAUGAAGUCGACAUCCAGGGUGGCGCACACGGCACACACAGUGAUGCUGGCUGUUGUGUUGUCCUGGGUGGCCUUGGCAUCCGGCCGGAGCACGCGCAUGGCGGACCAGGUAUCGGAGGCUGACAUUCAGCGUCUACUGCACGGUGUCAUGGAGCAGUUGGGAAUCGCCCGCCCGCGCGUGGAGUACCCCGCUCACCAAGCCACAAAUAUUGUAGGGCCUCAGAGUAUACAAGGUGGUGCCCACGAGGGUCUUCAGCACCUGGGUCCCUACGGUAACAUCCCCAAUAUUGUGGCCGAGCUGACUGGGGACAAUGUUCCUAAGGACUUCAGCGAGGACCAGGGUUACCCUGAUCCCCCUAACCCCUGUCCUCUGGGAAAGACCGCGGCAGAUGGCUGCUUGGAGAAUUCGCCGGACACCGCUGAGUUCAGCAGGGAGUUCCAGCAGCACCAGCACCUGUUUGACCCAGAGCAUGACUACCCGGCACUAGCCAAAUGGAAUAAGGAGCUGUUGUAUGAGAAACUGAAGGGUGGACCAAAAAGAAGCAAAAGGAGCACUAAUCCCUAUCUGAUGGGCCAGAGACUGGAUAAUGUUGUGGCCAAGAAAUCUGUGCCCCAUUUCUCAGAAGAGGAGGAGGACCCCACCGUCAGCAGUAUCAAAAACUGAACCACUGUCAUCAAGCUGCAUGUUUAUUUCGUGUACUAUACUAUCAAAGCUUACAGCUACCAUUUUCAAAUCAAUCAAGUGCCAGUAUUUGAUGUGUUUUGUAAAUACAAAGAAAAUACACUCAUUUUCUUUUACUUUAACAAUAGCACUUGCUGUUGGUUAUUGACCUGCAACACCAUUGAAUAGCCUUGUGUGUGUUUAGCCUGAUACAAUAAAAUAUUUGCUCAUGUGCACACAUAGUAGUAUAUAAUACUUUUAGAUAUCAUAUGACGUAUACAUUUCUUACCAAUACAUCUGGGUUGAAAAAGUAGACUGACGAAUAUGCACCAUUACACAUAGGUUCAUUAAUAAGUUAUAUAUUUAAUGAUAUGUAGGAUACCGGAUACUAUAAGAAAAAAAUGUGAGCACAGUGUUAGAUGAAAAAGAAAGCUGUAACUUGUCAUUGCUGUCACUUUAACUGGAUUUAACCCUCCUAUUAUGUUUUGGGUCAAUUUGACCCCAUUCUUUGUUUGACAUCUUUUAAAAAAAAGUUUUAAUCUUGAUACUGUAUGAUUAUUUUCAUUUUAUAUUUUGGUGGGAUUAAAUAGUAAACAUGCAAUAAACAUAAUGCUAUGUUUUCAGAAGCCCUGUACUAACUUUGCAUGUGUAUGGGCUUAUUUUGACCCUCUGUAACGGUAUAAAAUGUGAGAAAAUAUACAACCAUUUUUAUUUUUUAUCUCAGAUUUCUUUGUGGAUGAUUCUGGUGGCACUUUCCCAUACAGGUGCCAAACUUUCACUUCCUGUACUCAGGCUCUGAGAUAUUUAUGGAUAAAAGGCUAGUCAUUUUGGGAGACAAUAAGAAGGCGACACACAAAGUGUCAAAAUAUUUAUUUUGCAAUAAUUUUGUGUUUAUUUAAACUGUUGGGGGCAAUUUGAUCCCAAACAUAAAAGCGGUCAAAAACUCAACAAAAUAGGAGGGUUAAAGCAAGCAAAACACCAACGAAUUUCAUCCCAAUAUUCAUGAAUAAUACAGUAAUGUGCCAUACAACAGUGUAUUAUGCAUGAACCAUAAUGCAUUGUUAUGUCUUAAAUUAUUAAAUACUACAGAGCUAACCAUCUCCUCCAGGUAUUUCAAGUCUAAUUUUAACCCUGAAUAAAAAUAGAGUUUGACAACAGAA